AUGGUGUGCAUGCAUGUCCUGGCUGAUGGUCUCAAGAGUAUCAACAAUGCCAAAAAAAAGAGGCAAACGCCAGGUUGGUUUAGGCCAUGCCCCAAAGUCAUCGUCAGGUUUCUAACUGUGAUGAUGAAUCACGGUUACAUUGGCAAAUUUGAAAUCAUCGAUGAUCACAGGGCUGGGGAAAUUGUUGUGAACCUCACAGACAGGCUAAAUAACUGUGGAGUGAUCAGCCCCAGAUUUGAUGUGCAACUCAAAGAUCUAGAAAAAUGUCAGAAUAACGUGCUCCCGUCCCAUCAGUUUCUUUUCAUUGUACUGACAACCUCAGCUGGCAUCAUGGACCAUAAAGAAGCAAGAUGA